GAUAUUUUAUAUGAAGGUAUUAAAUAAUUCAGGGAUAUACCAAAAAAUGUUGAAAAUUUUUCUAGGAUAGUUUUUUUUAGUUUAUUUUCAUAAAAAUAGUUUUCAAUGAAGAAAAUGACCAAAAUAAGUUUUAUUAAAAAAUAAAAAAUACAUUUUUACACUAGGGUUAACUAAUCUAGACUUAAGGUUUAGAGUUAAAAGACAGUUUUAGGGAUAUUGUUUCAAAUUUUAAAAAAAAAUUAAAAUUCAAAUUUUUAAAAUAAAUAUAUAUGUUAUUUUGAUCAUUUUCUUUUUUGACUGCAUUUUUGUGAAAAAAAACUUAAAAAAAAACUAUCUGAGAGAAUUGCCCAAAAAUAUUUGAUGAUAAGGAGACAAUUGAAUUGUUUUCUAUAUUAUUUUAACAAAUUAUCUUUUUUUUUUUUUGUCACCUGGAAUUUAUUGAGUGGAUCAAAGCCCAACAGAAGCAAAGUCCAAAGACUAUACAAACAAAAGAGCCAAAAUGGCCGAAGUAAAAGCCCAACAAACAGGCCCAGAACAUGAAAACUAAACAAUGAGCCAUAAACCCAUAUGUAGAAAUCCGUUGAGGAAGGAAAAGGUACGUCGCUCACCAUGUGUCCGAACGCCCGGCGCUCAAUCAACACGUGUCAGAGCACAAAUCAGAUCGUUCCACCGAACCAGAACGAAGACGCUACGGAGCUUCACCGACGGCGAAGACGAACGACGGAAGAAACCGUUCCGGAAGAACAGUCUUCACAUAAGCUCGAACCAUAGAGUCGUAAAACUGGCGGAUCUACGAAUCGGAAAGAUCCAUCAACCGCCUUCAAUCAAUCUUCACCUCUGAUUAUCUUGCAUGAACAAACAGACAUCUUUAUUGAUAUAUCUAAGCUUGAAGAUGAGAAAACCCAAACGAUUGGGGAGAAGAAUCAUCGGCGGAUCAGAUCGAGAGGCAGUCGGACUAAAGAAAACAAAGACGUAGAUCGAACGGUGCCGGAAUAAACCCGGACUGAAGCCGGCGUAAGCGAUUCUAAGCAAGACAUCGCCUCCCGGAGACGAAAGCCGGCGAUAGCGAUUCUAAGUGAGACAUCGCUUCCCGGAAACAGAAGCCGGCGACUUUACCUUGUGGGAAGGAUAAGCCCCAGAGUCAUAAGCCGACCAACCAUCACUAAAGAAGCUGAUAGAUGUCAGAAAAGAUCCCGUCAACUACAGAACAUCGACGGAGAUCAACAGGAACCGACUCUCUCUCUAAAAGAUUUUUGAGAGAUAAGAGAGAGAGUCCCCUAUGGAAAAGAUGGUAAAAGUACUAAUUGUAUUUUAACAAAUUAUCCAAAGAAAUAUUAAUUUUUAGUGGCCAUAGUGUUUUUUUAAUCUAUUUUGGUGCAGUUCAGGUCACUCUUUCUCUCCUAGUCUACGGUUCUUCUACGAUGGUUGUGUUUGAGAUCCGGUGAAGAGCUCCAUGUCUACGGGCUCAACCCUUCGCUGGUGGCUCUGCUAGUGCCUCUCCGAGUUCACCGUAGUUCAGCUUUCUUCAUCCCGCUCAUGUCAGUCCAAUUCCGUUUACCCCUGCGACAGGCCCUUGUGAGUUUCGACUCUGUUGCACCUUCCCCAUAGCUCCACUUCACUCCUAUUCAGAUCUCCUCAACGGCGUCGCUACUUCGCUCCACCCCUCUUUAGAGCUCCUCACCCUUCUCAGCUAAUCCACUUCGGUUCUCCUCCGAUUUCUUCACCGCCGCCGCUACUCCACUCUGCUCACAUUCCUUCUCCUCCGCCGUAACACAGCCAUCGUCAUCGCUUCCAUGGCUUAGCUCACGUCUCGCUGAUUCCAACAAAGACCCAAACUGUGAUUCUGCUUUUUUCCAAUUGGGCCUGGGCCUUUAUUCAGGAGAGCUUCGGCUCAAAUCUUAAGGCCCAGAAGGCAUUACAUUUCAGAACUAAUCAAAGCAUGUAUUUGGCUGUUUACUUUCGGUUCAUCUAGUUCCUUUGAAGCUAAUCAAGCAAUACCGCAAAAUGUUUGGAUAGAAUGUUCUGUUACAUUUUAGGGUUAAGCCUCAAGGUUGGUUGGAUAGUGGAAGAAGAAACUAACAAAAGAAGAAGUGAAAAGAGCAUAUAAAAGAAAGAAAUAUUGAAUAUAAUUUGGGAAAUGUUUCUGUUUCCCUCAUUUUGGUAAACAAUGUUUACUUCUGCAUUUCCAGCAAAGACUGAUGCAUUGUUUUUACAAAAAAAGACAUGCAAUGAGAUGAUUAAUGCAGUUUUGUGUUCUUGCUUCCUUCCCCAUUUUCUCUUUCUUUGCUUGGCUUAUGUGUUAGGAAAUGCAAGACUAUACUAUCUGCAUUUUGUUAAGUACAAGUCGAGGUAGACUAGAACAUUCCUUGACCCAUGAACCAAUUUCUUGUAUCUCUUUAUCCCUUAAGUGAAGCUCUGUGAUGAUGUCAAAAGCAUCCAUAAAGGUAUAGGAGAUUAGAUGCAUUUCCAAAAGGAGGGAGUUUCACCAUACUUGAGCAUCCAUUAAGAUCAAAAUGUUGGAGAUUAGUUGCAUAUCUCAAUAGAGGAAGGGAGCUCCACAAGACUUGAGCAUCCACACGAAGAUUCAAAUCUUGGAGAUUAGCUGCUUUUCCAAUAGAGGAAGGGAGCUCCUAAGACUUGAGCAUUUCGAAGAUUCAGAUAUUGAUAAGCUUGACCCUCUUAUCGACCUAAAAAUGGAAUACAACGAGCUUGAGAAGUUAUGAGACGAAAUUAAAUUAAGUGUAAUAUUAACCAGAAUAAGCAGACUCCAUUUUUAGUUAAUUUGAUUCUAUACUAAUAGAAUAUAUAUAUUUGUUUAUUCUUUUAUAUUUACUCAUCUGAGAAGCAAACGAGCUCAUGAGUCAUGUCUUUAUUUGUCUAUACAGCCGCUCCAAAAUCUGAAAUGGUUAAACUUGAUGAGUUAUUCCAGGAAAACGAUUGUCAGGACGCCCCUACGAAUUUCCAAGGUUUUUUUUUUUCCAACGUCUUAGUCCCGACAGUUUUUUAUUUCAUCGGGAAUCAUCUGUUUUCUUGUAAUACGACUAUGUACAUUAUAAUAAAUAUCCUAAAAAUCAGUCUAGGCGUUGUUUAAGCAUUCAUCUAAGCGGUAAACCGGCCAUAGCCGUAACAGUUUCUUUUAAAUCCAAUUUAUGCUACUCAAAUCAGUUAAAAAUAAUUUAAAUCCAUUUAAAUGAAUCUAAAUUGGUUUAAAUCUUUUAAAUCAAACAAUAAUGUUAGUUCAAAUCCAUAAAUUUGUUUAAUUUCUUUUAUAUAUAUAUCGAAUAAAUUCAUCAAAAUAAUUUAGAAUUAUACAUAAAAACUAAAAUAUCUAAUAUAAAUAUAAAAUAAUUAAUAAUUCGUUAAUAACUAGGUUAUAACUAAUCCGUAUAGUCGAUAGUUCUCUAUUAAAAGCUUAGUUACAACUCCAUGGGAUAUGGCUAAUAUGAUGGUAGACCAUGCUAAAUAAUCAAUGACAAAUGGUAGUUAGACUAUCCAUUGAUGACCACGGGAAUGGCUACACAUUUGCAAAUCUAAAAGAAAUUAUUAUAUUUGCCAUUGUUGAUAUGUGUCAAAUUAGCCCCUCAAAAAUAUGUACCAGUGCCUCUUGCCGUUCAAAUAACAGAAAAAAGACAUGUUUUAAAGGCCUGGCUAAAACAUCUUGAGUACUUGUUUUUCACUAACAUCUCAAAUUAAUCAGCAUUAUACACGUGUAUAGGUGAAGUGUAAUAACAAAGUCAAAAAUUGUGAACCGUGUACAACCGUUUAGACGUUGACGUUUUGAUAAAGUUAUAUCCGCUAUUCUUAAGUUCGUUUAGUAUAAUAAUAGACCAUCGACCGCGACUUAUGCGUAGCGUACGCAUAAUAAAUGAAAACUUCGAUUUUUAUCAAAUAGCAGACACGAAAACAACAUGCAAACAUUAUGGUCUUAAGAAAAAUAUAAAUAAAAUAAACUUUUUUAAAGAAUAUUUGGUUAUUGUUCGGGAUUGCUCAAUCAGGUAUUUGGAGGAAUUUAGCCGCCAUUAGUUUGACAAUUACAUGCAUCAAUCACGUAGAGAAAAAAAAAGAAUACGAGAGAAGCCAUCUCUAUUGAACAUGGAAAAUCAAAUAGAUUAUAUUAGUUUCAUUACAGUACAAAAAACCUCCAAAAGAAGUCAAUAUUCAUAAAAUAAAAAGACCACAAUUAAUUUUUUUGGCAAAAGAAACACAAUUAAAUAUUUGCUGCUUGAUAAACCGAACCUUUUCCCCACGAGAGUUUGACCAGUUGUUUUUAGUUCAAUUUUCUCUCGUGGUGAAAAACUUUAUAUAAUUAUUAAGCCAUUCAGAUUAUGUAUCCAGAAGUCAUGGACCUUGAUUCAGAACCUCUUCGCACCACAUGACAAAAUUAAGUUAAUUAAAUCAUUUAGAUUAUUCAAAAUUAGCUAAUAUUCAUUGUGAAAUUUUGGUUGAAGAUUUUCUCAGUGAAAAGGUUUUGUUUAACCGGAAAUAGAUAAUAAAGUUUGCUUUGAAGAGUGAAACAAAAUGAAUAAAUAAUUUUUUUUAAAGAGACUAAAGUUAAAAAAAUAGAUUAUAGCUUAUCAUAAAAAUCGAAUCAAAUAGAUUAUAGUUUAUCAUAAAAGUAUUUUCAAAUUUCUCUCUGGAAAGAUGUAAGGACUAAUAAUUGUACAAACCUUCUUGAUACAUAAAAUAAAAAUGUUUGGUCCAAAAAACAUAGAAAACUAUGAGUUAAGUAUAAAUGACAAUAAUUAAAUCACAACCCAUGAAGUAGGUGAGACUUAUAAAGGCAGCUCCUAACUCAAUCACCAUUCAUUUCUCCAUCUCUCUCUAAAGUCAAGCCUUUCGUGUGAAAGGGAACACCUUCCAAGAACCAGAAAGGCAAAACAAGAAGAGAGCAUCCGAAGAAGAAGAAAACUCCCUUAAUGGAGACAGAGGAAGCAGCAGCAGAAACAUCAACAGAACUCAAUUUCGACAGCACGACAUCAUCUCCAUACAUAACAGCUCCUUCAAGCCCAACUCGAUUUGGAAACAACAGUGCUUUCUUCUUCAGUGCACCGACAAGCCCUUCACCUUCAACUUCCACCAAGAAGAGAUCUGUCAGCGAUUUUGAUGACAAUUUCGAGUUCAAUUUCAGUGGUCAACUGGAUAAAUCUUAUUUCUCUGCCGCAGAUGAGCUCUUUGAUGGAGGAAAGAUUCGACCAUUAGGGCCCUCACUCCCUCCUACUGCUGUUUCUUCUCCCAGAUCUAGCUUUCUUGAGAGAGAAGUUUCCGAUAGAGGAAGAGACCAGUCUCCAGGAUCUACCACGCGCUAUGAGCGUAAAGGGAGCCGUUCUAUGUCUCCGUUAAGGGUUUCAGACAUUAUGGUUGAUGAAGAAGAAGCACACGAGUCAGCAAAAAUGGUUGCUUCUAACGCAAGCAACCAAAAAUCCUCUGUUUUCUUGUCAGCGAUUCUGUUCCCUGGUCGAGCGUAUAAAAAGUGGAAACUCAAAGAUCUGUUACUAUUCAGGAGUGCAUCAGACGGAAGACCGGUUCCAACCAAAGAGUCCUUGAAGAGAUAUGAUAUACUCACAAAGAAAGAGGCGGAAGAAAGGAAAAAUUCGAGCGUCCGAUCAAGGGAGAGUUGUGACUCACCGGUGUCUAGGUCGAGGAGGAGGCACGGCGCGGCGAUCUCGGCUCAUGAGAUGCAUUACACUGAGAACAGAGCAGUUUCGGAGGAGUUGAAGAGGAAGACAUUCUUGCCGUACAAGCAAGGCUGGUUAGGCUGCUUAGGGUUUAACCCUGCGGCCCAUGAAAUUGCAAGAGUUGGGUCCUUGUCACGUGCUUCCUCUUGAUCCUCCUUGUACUUUCUAUUUAUAAUAUUAUUUUUUGAUGGAUUUAAUUUUCAGAUGUGGUGGUAAAAAAUCUAUUGACUUGAUGGAAAGUAUGAUUUUGUUAAUUCUUAUAAUGUUUUAUAAAAAUGAAUAAAAGAAAAAAAUGAAAUGUAAAAUUGGCUUCCGAAGUAUUUUGGCUAAUUCAUUCGUUGAAGGUUGGGACUUGUCAAUUGGAUAGAUAUUAGUUGACUAUUUGGAUACUAAACAUUAACUAGAAAGCACAUAUUUAACGAAUUGCCCGACCAUACUGGUCGAGAGAGUGCUCAUUUUUUCCUUCACGACCUCCUUAUUUGUAUAGUUCUCCAGUUUUAGAAUCAGGUAAAAGUGUAUGGUUAUUUAGUUUACCGAUAAGAGCAUAAGUUACUCCUAAUUUGUAGUGAAUUAAAGAAGGAACCAUUAAAGAAUGAGGCAACAAUGAGGGCCAGCUGAGCCGAAAGAGGAAUAGUAAAGAAGAAAUGCAAUGCUCCUUAAUCAUAUGAGGUUUGUGCAAUAAUAAUGGUAAUGAUGCUCUUAAGAGAAUAAAGUCCGUGGACCACCUAUAAAAUGAUAAUAGAUGCUAUAUAGUUAACAUUUGAUUAAGUAACUGAUGACAACCUAGUAUGAGUUAAUAACUUUACUAUUGCAUCUAGGCUGCAAUGAUGAAUUCAUGGGGUAACGCCUGGCGUUUACCCUUUUUCCUAAUGUAUGUUUGUCAACUUUUUCUUCAUGUUUGUUAAUCAAGAAAUUGAGAUUUUAACGGUACAUUAGAGAUAUUGAAGAUAGAGGAAUAAGAACUAUUGUAAUGUUAUAAACUUAUAAUAAAUAACUCAUGUUAUAAUCAGAGUCCUCAUGGCAAAUGGAGUAUAUUUGUAAAUUUUACGUUUUUAAACAUUUAUGAUCUGAAUCAAAAAUCAAUUGAGCGGCGACAGAUAAAAUUAAGAUAGGAUCAGAGAGGUGGGUGACCAUUUAUUAAGAUGUUUGAUACAACUGUGAUUAGACAGGUUCUAUGACUAUUCUUAAUUGUAAUUGAUGUUUUUUGAUUAAAGUAUUAAUGUACCAAACACUCCAAUACAAUUAAUG